AUGUAUCCAAAUUCAAAAGAACAGAAUGCAGAGGGCGAGAUAGCUGUGGGGUUGGGGCUGAAGGCCUGGAAAAGGCUGAGCAGUCCUGAGAUACCGCGAUAUGUUAGACAGUACAAAAGUCUUCUGAACCUCGUCAGCUCCCAUACUUCCAACAGCUUUAUCCAGAUAAUCGCCCCCUCCCACUUUGGGCCUGCGGCGCGCGGCGUUGGCAUCGACCACCGAAGCCUCUUAGGCCUCGAGACUUUUCUCUGGCCUAGCCAGGGCGCCUCUGCUCCCUUUCUCAGACUUUUGGGACUUUUAACCGCUCCAGACCGGCUGCAGCAAUUAUCUUUCAAGAUGUCUGAUAACGGGGGCCGCACAGAUGGCCUGCAGAACCCAGACAGAAGCCUGCUUAGUAGCCCUGAGGUAGAAGCCGGAAGGGAGACAUCUUACGGCGCUGCGCUGCGCUUGAAUGUGACCGGAGAUGGCAGCGUUCCCAGCUCAGAAAGGCAGAGCACUGAUGCAGAAAGUUCAAGUGAAGACAUCAACUUUGAAAGCACCGUAGAUUUCAACCCAUUCUUUGACUCUGGGGAAAACCUAUUCCAGUCUGACCCAGAAGAAGAGGGGGCGCAAGGAGAGGAAGAAACCGAGGACCAGGGAGAGGAAGAAGCGGCAGGAGAACAGCCCCAGGUACCGUGGUACGAAGCUAGUAGCCGUGAUCUGUUUUUCUCCCCUGAGGCCCAGGCCCUGGAGGAGUGGGUGUCCUCCGAAAUCUCCACUCUGCCCCGCCCUCGCUGGCAAGCGGUGUCUGCUCUUCGCGAGCGCCAGCUGGGUUCCAGUGCCCGCUUUGUGUAUGAGGCCUGUGGGGCAAGGCUCUUUGUGGAGCGUUUGCACGUGUUCUCCCAGCUUGCAAGCCAUCAUGGUUGUGUCAACACGGUGCACUUUAACCAGCGUGGCACCUGGCUGGCCAGUAGCAGCGAUGAUCUGAGAGUGAUAGUGUGGGACUGGGUGCGCAAACAGCCAGUACUCGUGUUUCCGAGUGGCCACAGAAAUAAUGUCUUUCAAGCCAAGUUCCUACCCAAUUGUGGUGAUCCCACCGUGGCCACGUGUGGCCGUGAUGGGCAGAUACGCAUAGCAGAGCUGUCUGCCCUGCCGCACUACAAGAAUAGUAAGCGUGUGGCCCAGCACAGGGGACCCUCCCACAAGUUGGCUCUGGAGCCAGACUCCCCUUUUAAGUUCCUCAGUUCAGGUGAAGAUGCAGUUGUUUUCGCCAUUGACCUCAGACAAGACCAGCCGGCUUCCAGAGUGGUGAUAACCAAAGAGAUGGAGAAGAGAGUGGGGCUGUAUACCAUAUAUGUGAAUCCUGCCAAUCCUCACCAGUUUGCAGUGGGUGGAAGAGAUCAGUUUGUAAGAAUUUAUGACCAGAGGAAAAUUGACAACAACGAGAAUAAUGGGGUACUCAAGAAAUUCUGUCCUCAUCACCUAGUCAACGAUGAUACCAAUAUACACAUCACCUGCGUGGUGUACAGCCACGAUGGCACAGAGCUCCUGGCCAGUUAUAAUGAUGAAGAUAUUUAUCUCUUCAACUCCUCUGAAGGAGAUGGAGCCCAGUAUGCUAAGAGAUACAAGGGGCACAGAAAUAGUACCACAAUUAAAGGUGUCAAUUUCUAUGGCCCCAGAAGUGAGUUUGUGGUGAGUGGUAGUGAUUGCGGCCACAUCUUCUUCUGGGAGAAAUCAUCCUGCCAGGUCGUUCACUUCAUGGAAGGGGACAGGGGAGGCACCGUAAACUGUGUUGAGCCCCAUCCUCACCUACCUGUAAUGGCGAGCAGUGGCCUAGAUGAUGAUGUCAAGAUCUGGGCACCCGCACCUGGAGCCAUCAACCACCUGGUCUCGUUAAAGUAUAUAAUGAAGAGGAACAAGCAAGAACGAGAUGAAGAUCGCCUGCACCACACGGACCUGUUUGACAGCCACAUGCUUUGGUUCCUGAUGCGUCACCUGACACAGGGAGGUCAUCGCCACCACUGGGCUGCAGAGUCGGAUGAGUCUUCCAGUACCUCCAAUUCAUCUGAGGAGGAAGAGAACCAAGACUACGUGCAGUGCCUGCCGUCCUGAAGUCCUCAUGCCUGCUCCAGCUAGAUGUUGCCUCCGAAGGCUAAAUUUUAAGUUUAAAAUUCAGUUUAACUA